UCGUCUAAUCCUUCGUCAAUCUAUUGAAUACACUUUCUGCUCUCUCCUCAUAACGUUUAGCAUUAUCAUUUCAGUUCUAUAUUAUUUUACCCAUACUGUAAUAAUAACAAACAAUUACAAUGCACUUUCUAAUUUCCGCUUCUAAUUUCAAGUCCAUCGGAUCUUUCCAUCCAUUUCAUUGAAUCCGUUGCUUCCCUUUCCCUUACAUGGGCUCAUCACAGUCCGUACAAGUACCCCAAGAAGAAGAAGAAGAAGAAGAAGAUGAUGAUGAUGACAAUGAAGAAGAAGAACACCAAGACGAUGAUGAUAAUGUGGUAGGAACUGUAAGAGAAAUCGACGGCCACAAUUUGGUUAAGAAGGUUCUCCAACAAGAGCCUGAAAUUUUACCUUGUCAUGCUUCAGCAUCGCCGCUCUCUCCUCAGCUUUCUUCACUAGGCACGCCGCGUCUCUGCCCGUCCAUUAAGGUCUGGGAUCCUUACAAUGUCUUGGCCCCGCCUCCGCCGCUUCCUCCACCUCCAUCUUAUCCAAUAUUUUCUCGGAGCUUGUCAUCGUCGUCGUCGGUUGCUGGGUUUAUGGACGAGGAUCGUGUCUUUACGGAGGUGUUUUUGAUUAAUCAUGGAGAAUGUGACCUUAAUUGGAGGCCGGAUUUGGUGGGUGGGAGAUGCCACGUGGCGGCUUUGACGCCGAAUGGGAAGCGUCAGGCUAGGGCUUUGGCUGUGUUCUUGAACUCUCAAGGGGUGAGGUUCAACGCGGUUUAUUCCUCGCCUUUGGAUCGAGCAAGACUAAUGGCGGUUUCUGUUUGCCAGGAAAUAAAUUUUGCAGAAGAACAGAUACAAUCAUCAGAUGCUCUUGUAGAGAUGAGUCUGGGGCAUUGGGAGGGGUGCCCCCGUUCAGAAAUAUAUACACCUGAAGUUCUGAGCUUGAUUGAAAAUUUUCAGCCUGAUUUUUGCGCACCAUCUGGAGAAUCACAAAGGCAAGUGGAAUUUAGGAUGGUUCAGUUCUUAAAUAGGAUUCUUGGACUGCCUGAAAAGUUGAUAUCAGAUUUCACGUUGCACCAUCAAAUCAAGAGCCAAGGAUUUUCUCACGAUCCAGAUCCGCCUCCUCUCCUGUCACAACAGUGGGAUAUGAUUCACAGGCACCGACCAGCAUUCUCAAGAAAGAAGUCUGGUAAGAGCAGGUUGCAGUAUGUGACUACCACUGGCAAUCAUGAGGGUGAGGAUGAGAUCUCUCCCAAGGAAGCCAAUGACCAAAAUGCCCUGCAUGAUUCGAGUGUUAGGAGCUCAACCUCCAUCUCUUCAUGUAUUGGUGUUUUCACUCAUUCAAUUCCUAUUAAGUGCCUCCUCACAGGCCUCCUGGGUUGCUGCCCAGUAAUGUUACAGAAGCUCUGCAUUGAUGAUUCUUCAGUAACAGUAUUGCAUCAUUCAUGGAAAACAGGUUGGCAGAUCAAACGCUUGAAUGAUACUGCACAUCUAAGGCUUCUCUAGUCAGAGAAUAUGAAAUCCUUGCUUGGCAUUUACUGCUGGGAUGAUGAUCUGUUAAUUAUUUGGUGAAAGCUGGUAUUUUGUUCUUUUAUGGGAUCACGUUGCAACUCAUGAUUUCACGUGAACUGAUGUUACGUAUACACCCUGUUAUAUUAUUCGACAGAUUUUUUUACACUUAUAGACUUACCACCUUAAAAGAAAAAAUAGGAUCGAAGUUGCGAGUUGGGUACUCGUACUGGGUGAUUCUUUUCAUUUGUAGCAUUUACAAGUGUUGUUAUUGUAGAGCAAAAGAUUUUUUUUUCCCCAACAUAUCAGGAAGGAAAUAAGUUAUUUUAGGAUGAUGAAUUGUGAAGUUGUAGUUUUUCUGAUCCUUCCCUUUUGGCAGAGCUGCCUGGGACAUUGCAAAACAAUUUCACUAAUUAGCAAGUCUCUCAUCAUCUUUACAAAUUUGUUCAUUCAUGUCCUUUUUGCCCCUUUGCUGAAUUUUGUUUCUUUUCUGUCCUGAUGAUUACUCAAAUAGAUUGAGAGCAGAUUUCAUGAUGAAAGGAAGAAUUAAGUCCCUGCACUUGUUGGUUUUUCAACUUUCUGAAUUAUAUAUCUUUCUGGUCUUUCCUGAUAUGAUGAUAAUCUUUAAUUAAUGUCACGUAAAGUUGGCAGCGUCAGUUUAAUUAUUUAUAAACUGGGUCACAUGGGAUAGGGUAAGAGGGGUAGACAGAUAGGGCCCUUUCCCUUACAAUCCAAAAACUCAGCAUGUGAAAUGGCCAUACUUUGCUACAGCACUCACAAGCACAUAGGAAAAGAAUCUAAUUGAUAACUUAACUGACAUUAACACUGCCAUUACCAUACAUAAGUUAGCACAAAGACAAAAAUCAAAUGAGAAAAACAACUGGUUGCUGCUUCUUCUAAACAAGGCCAUAAAGGCUAAGCCUUAGAAAACCAGGCUCAAUUAAAUUUCCCACUGGCUAUCUCGUGAUGUGCAACUAAUAUUCACAUACUUGUAAGCUAGCUCCCUCUUCCUCAUCACAGCUAGAGCUCUUCACUUCCAGUACCAUUCAUGGCUACUACUUCUAAAAGGCUCUCUGCUUCUGCUGCUAUGCUUCUUGUUAUCCUCUUCUGUAAUUUGCUUGCUCUUUCUAGUGAGCCAAUGAUUGCUGCUUCUCCAGCAGUUUUGCCAUAUGUAACUGCACCCAAUAUGUCUUCUUUUUUCCCUACUCCAACCGACGAGUGGCCUCUGAGUUCUGCAGAUCCUCCGAGACCAGAGGCAUUAGCACCUCUGCCCAAUUCAGGUGAGUUUAUAGGGAAGAGUUCCUCUAGUUCAGCAAGACCCAUUGGUCAUAUUACCUUAUUUGGUGUAGGAAUUUUUAUUAUUUUUGUAACUAGAUGUGUUUCUCUUGUUUAAAAGCAUAAAAUUUGUGACCAAUUUUAUGUAAUAGAGUAUGGAUUCAUUGGUUAUAUGAUUACCGCCUAUGUUUUAUAUGAAGGGGAAAAAGAUUAUUGGUUCUUGGU